CGAAAUGCUCGAUCUCGCGUACCGGCCCUUGCAUUUGUUAUGGAAGCCCCGGGUUUGCCGUUUGUUGGUCCCGCCCCCACGGGGGUAGGAUAGUUUUAAUACCUUUUUUUUGCAAGCCUCCUUGUAGCUUUCCCUGCGUCAUCCUAAAUAAAUUUACUCCGAAGCUCUUGUAGUUCACGCAGAUUCGUGAGGGCUCCAGGCUUCACUUCUCUUUUCCCGGGAAGAAUGGCUGCAGUGAGGAGAGUAAUCAAAACUGUGCUCAGCAAGGAACAAUCCGAAGGGGUCGGGGCUCGAGUGCGCAGAAGCAUUGGGAGGCCGGAGUUAAAAAAUCUGGAUCCGUUCCUGCUGCUUGAUGAGUUCAAAGGAGGCAAGCCAGCUGGUUUUCCUGACCACCCUCACCGAGGUUUUGAAACUGUCAGUUAUCUACUGGAGGGUGGUUCCAUGGCCCACGAAGACUUCUGUGGCCACACGGGUAGACUGAAUCCAGGAGAUUUACAGUGGAUGACAGCUGGUCGUGGUAUUCUACAUGCAGAGAUGCCCUGCUCUGAAGAACCAGCCCAUGGCCUACAGCUUUGGGUCAACUUGAGAAGCUCUGAGAAAAUGGUGGAACCUCAGUACCAAGAGCUGAAGAAUGAAGAAAUACCUAAACCUUCACAGAAUGGUGUGACAGUGGCUGUCAUUUCAGGAGAGGCUCUGAAUGUGAAGUCUAAGGUGUAUACUCGUACACCAACGCUAUACCUGGAUUUCAAGUUAGACAAAGGAGUGAAACACACACAGGCAGUUCCUAAAGGCUGGACAGCCUUUAUCUACACCAUCUCUGGUAAUGUGUACAUUGGUCCAAGUAAUGAUCAACAAAAAGUAGAAGCCCACCACACCGCUGUGUUGGAUGAUGGUGACUGUGUGCAAGUGGAAAACAAGGAUUCCACAAUAAGCCAUUUUGUCUUAAUUGCUGGUGAGCCGAUUAAGGAAGCUGUAGUACAACAUGGUCCAUUUGUGAUGAACACACAGGAAGAAAUUCUGCAAGCCAUCGAUGACUUCAGGAAUGCUAGAAAUGGAUUUGAGAGGGCAACCACUUGGAAAUCAAAGAUUGGGAACAAAUGAAUGGCUGCGGAAGAAAUGAGAUGGGCCAGUUUCAUAUUUGCAGCUGUAUAUCUUGAGUCCUCUUUCCUUGGCUUAUGGAGCAGCCCCAUGGGCUUUACUGGAGCUAAUCAUAAGGGUUUGCUGGGUCGGGCCAGAAGUGUAAAUCAACAGUCUGUAUAGAACCAAAGUUAAUUGUUAUGACUGCCAGCAACAGACAUAUAUGUGACUUUCCUUGUAACAUGAAAAAAUUAUUUCUCCUUUCUCUGCAAUAUUUCUCUGC